AUCACUUUAAGUAGCUGGUAGUGGGCGGGGCCUGUCAAUUAACUCACAGGUGUGCUAAUGCACAGUUUUUGGACGACAUUUUGAACUGCUGUUUGGAUUGAAUUUGGGAGCCUGUACUCUAAUCGUCUGCCUAUCCUUGGUGGAAAACUGUGACCUAUUUCAACAUGAAGGAGCAUGUCUCAGACACACGCAGCCUGAUGGAGCCUACUUAUGUUAAUAUUAGCCUUUACAAAGGCCAACUUCCGGCUCAAACAAACAAAGCCAAACAAGACAGCCUCAUGUGCCUGCUUUGGACAUUAUCCACAAAUGAUUCAGCAUCGUCAAGUUGAAGAAAAGGUGAAGAAACUUUGAGCUCUAGAAAGACGUGCACAUGAAGAACAUCCACCAGCGAAAUAAAGUUUGGGGGGUUAAGACCAACACAGAAAAAGCGGGAAAAAUGGGAACCUUUGAUGCCACCAGAUCAGUUUCUUCUGCCAGUACCCAUCUCCAUCACUGCCACAUCAGCUGGUCCCAAGGUUGUGAGGUCAUCCGAACAUCUGGCCCCUCCGCCAUGUUUUCUAAGGGCUGCAAUUGUUCCAGUACCCCUAUGAAGAAGGGAAAGAGGAGCCUUGCGAUAUCUUGUUCUUCUGCCGCCGCCCUUGUCUUGCUCAGCCUCCGACACCAGCCCCAGUCCACUCUCUAUUUGAGAAGAGGAGGUGAGCGUGUAGACAAACGUCCUCUCCCGUGCUCUCUGUCACCUCUUACCUGGAAUCACAUCUCCAUACACACUCUUAUUAUCCCAUUUGAUGAGAAACGGGGCUCCUCCACUGCUGCUGCUCUGGCUCCAGAGCCUAUAGUGUCUCCAUCCCUAGCAGGUAAGAUGCAGGGCUUCUCUCUCACUCAUCAUUACUGCAGGAGAUACCUGGCUAAUUAUAGCCCCGUUUCGCUGUAAUAGAAACAGACCUGGAUACCAGGGUGACCAGGAGGAACAGAAAUUGCUGGAAAAGAAGGAUGUGGAAGAGAGAGGAUUAACAAAGGCAUCCACAGUAGACUGCUUAUCAGACUGUGGAAGACAUCAGAUAUACUCCAGAAUACAAUCUGGUGAUGAAAAUGUUAUUUUUAUUAUAAUUUUGAGUGUAUACACACCUCAUUUUGGUUUUAUUUUAGUUUUUAUGAAUAUUUGGAAUUUAGUAUUUGCCUUUUUCCACUUGAAUAUUUCAAUAUAUAAAAUAUUUUUGUUUUUUUUCAUUUCCAGUUAAAAUAUAAAUAUGUUCAGUCCCUGAAUUCUUAUAACACAAUGUGAGAUUCAAUGUGUGAAGUAAAAUGUCUAAAAUGGCAUCCAGAGCUAAUUAUUUUUUGGAUGGAAGAGGUGGUGCCAGUAUUAGCUUUAGCAUUUCUCUAUUCCAACUUACACAGUGCAAAGCUUCUCUGUUUAAUACAGCUUGACCUUGAUCAGAAAACUGUAGGUGAGCUGCACGCCAGGUUGAACACACACACGCACACAAUGUACUGUGUGCGGGUGUGUACAUCCUCUCUGACCCAGCAUGUCCUCUUUCCAUCAUCUCCAGUUUUUUGUUCUCCCAUCAUUGUAAUGGUUGUCUCUGUUCUGCCUCUCUGGGUUUAUGCAGCAUCAUUCACAAACAUCAUCCAGUCCUCCUUCUCGUCCUUCGCCUCACUCACUCUCCUGUCCUCUCAGUCUUUUGAAGUCCUUGAUUCACGUAUAUUCUCCUGAAGAGCUCCUAUAUGUCAGCCGACCAGCCAGAGAGACAAAGGCAGGCCUGAGUUAAUUACCUAUCAUUUAGAGCAGAUGGCUGCAGAUGAUAUGUAAAUGGUUGUGUGUGUGUGUGUGUGUGUGUGUGUGUGUGUGUGUGUGUUUUGCCUGAAUAUGUGUGUUUAUGUGAUUGUGAAUAUGGCUGCAUAUGUGUGUUUGCAUAUUUACAAUACAUCCCUCCAUCUUUUCUUAUGCACCAAAAAAAUUAUAUUCACACACACAGACAGGGAGGCAUAAAGAUGCUUUUUAUUUCUGCGAAGGGGUUUGCAAUUUAAAUUGUGAUAUGGAUUGUUUUAUUCCACCCAGAUAAAGUGUUAAUGACUGAGGCCAUAAUUAUGGGUUGCAAUUUUUCUGCAAUUACUCGCAGCCUGCUUUAGGCUGCAUAUUCAUUCAAAUGUAUGUUUAACAAUCUGUCUCUUCAUCUCUGAAUUAAAAAACUGUGUUGUACAUUUGCUUUUAAUUAUUUGAGGUCCAUAUUGUACCCUGAUUGUUUUCACAUACAAUGGAUAAAAGAUAAUGCACAAGUAUUUUUUUUUAGGAAACAUCCGCUCUAAAUUGUUACACUCUGAGGCUGCAGAGCACUGAGUUGAAUCUAGGCCAUAGUAAGUCAAUUGAGGCAUUUGUUUUUUAGUCUGUUUUUGUUUGACUUGUUUUUGUUUUGUUUGCUUCUCAAGAGUAUCUCCUCAGAGUCUAAAGAGAUUUUUUUUUUUUUGAGAAGCAAGCUCACUUGACACCAAACAUAAGCUGGUGUGUUCUGUGUCUUAGCAUGAAGCAAGAUGCACGGUAAAUCAAUGAUGAAUGUGCAAUGAAUCAGAUAUAUAUAUAUGUUACAGUGCAGUCUAUGAGACAGGAAGAAAUGUAACCACAGAGGGAGGGCAGGAGGGAGAGGAGGUGGGUGGUGGUGGUGGGGGAGCGCAGUCAGAUCAAUAGUACUGCUAGAAAGACCUGUCCGUUUUUGACUUCACACUGUAAAUUAAGCCUCUCUGUGCCAACAUUUUCUCAGCAGUGAGUGUGUGAAUUACAGUGUAUAUGCAAGCUAUAAUGCACCCUUUUGUGCAUUGUACUGUAGCUGCUGUAACGUGUGUGAAAUAAUCUGUGUAUGUUUAUUCUCCACCAACACACCCAGCAGGAGUCCGUGAAUGUAGUCAGCAUGUGCGACUGUAAGUUUGCAAUGCCACAGAUGGAGACCCACUAAUUUACUCAUUAUGGAGAUUUAAUAUGAGAGAAUUCUGCUGCAAUGAUCAGAUGUAACUAAUACACAGCGUCAUUCAGUUUGUCAUUCAAUUUGAGCUUGAUUCAUAUUCAGAUCUAUGCUACAUUUCACUUAUUUUAUUCAGUCAUAAAUGCCAAAAAAUUAAAUAAACCUUUUUUUUUUUGCACAGAUUUGUUUCUUUUAUGCUCGGGCAUGACACAAUCAGUGCAGCAGCAGCAAAUGGAGCCAAUUCAUAUGAUGGUUAGUGCCCUAUUGGCUCCCUGGUGAGCAGAGCUCUUUCACAGCUCUGAGAAGUUAACGCUGCUUCAGGCCUUUUAUGGCAUGAUGGUAAAUAAAGCAGUUUGACUUCAUACAUGUAAAGAGUCAUUUGCUAAUUCAGCUUGUCUUCAGAUAGAGCACUUUACCGUUCUCUCAUGUCACCAUAUUAAAUAAUAUUUUAAAAUAAGACUUAAACUUAGGAAAUGUGCAGAUCUGUUUAAUGUAACUUCAUCAGAGUAAAAAUUAUUCUUACAAUGGCUUGUUGGUAUUGCAGAAAUGAUAUGUAAUAUUUGUCUUAUAUGUUGAAAUAUAUGAUUUUGACAAUCUAAUAGAAUUAUUAUAUAAAUCUGCAAAAUGUGAAUAUUCUGUAUCACCUUUAUUUAAACAAAUUCAGAGGCACUGAAUCAGCAUUGUCUCUGCUCAGGAACCAAAUCAGUGUAUGGCUGCUAGAAAAUGGAACCGACCAUCACUGAGCUUUAUGUUAUAACAACGAGGCCCUCUACUGGCAACAAGAGUCUCUGCACCAGCACCUUGUUACAAUAUGACAUGAU